GCUCCUGCCACCGGCGUUUCUUCCAGAUCAUCAAGUGCUCCUGCUGCUGCUUCGGACGCUGUGAUGGACGACGCCGCUGCCGCCGCUGCUCCCAGUGCUUUGGGCUAUCACGCACCAAGCUCAGCUCUCGACAUGGUACGGCAGCUCAGACGGCGGGCAACCCACAGCAGCACGCACAGCCAUCAUCAAGAACCGCCGGGGCGGCUGUCACCCUGCAGAUCAUCCGCUGCCCCUGCGUCUGCUGGAGAGGUGUUCGUACGGCACGGGGGAGUGGAGUACAAGAAGGUGGAUGGCCUCCCCGCCACCUUUGUCAGCAGGUGCGGCAAGGUCCUGUCCUUGAGGGCGGCGGGCUACAAGCCUGUGGCCGUUACCCGUCAUAGAACAACGGGCCACGCGGUUGCAAAGGUUAGGUUUCCUGGCUCGGCGUCUGGGGAUGAGCGACGGGUGCAGGUGCGCAGGCUUGUAGCGGCCACCUGGAUGCCAGUGGAGGUAGUCAAGAAGCUAGGCCUCACCUGCGCGGAGCCUUACGUGGGGCCCCUGCAGGAGGCUGUAUGCAGGCUAGCGCACAGGGACAGAGACGUUCUAAACGUGGGCGUAGAUAACCUCGAGGUGGUCCCCAACUAACUAGCUAGGUGCCCCACUAGGGGACGGAUAGGAGGCACCGUUCGGGUUGAUGAUGUUGUAGUAUGUACGUGUGUUAUCUUUUGGUUAAGAGCUCCUGCUCCUGAUGCACGCGCGUUGUAUGUAGUGCGCCGCACAUACAGCAGGUUUGCAUGAAGAGAAGGACACCGCAGUGUUGGCAAGCAGGUUGUAUGCAUGUGUGUGCCCAAUAACACGACUCUGUCCUAUAUGAUGAUGAUGAUGAUGAUGAUGAUGAUGAUGAUGAUGAUGAUGAUGAUGAUGAUGAUGAUGGUGGUGGUGCACUGAUUUGACCUGGUUUAAGCGAGCGUGUCUCUGUGUGUGAUUUUGCCAACAGUUGCACGGUUGCUGUGGUGAUGAUAGAUGGCGACCCGUCGUUUUAUGCAAACCAUGCUCAUGUCGUACAUGCUGCUGCUAUUCAUGCAGCAGCAACGUUCUUUCCUAGUGAGUAGUAGUAGUAGUAGUAGUAGUAGUUCUUUGGGACGUGUCACCAUCGUACAUGGUGCCUAUGGCUGGGAACAAGCGGAGCUGGUAGCGCAGCAGCAGGUGGUUGCCUUUAAUUGGCUCUUGUACGACGACAACAGUGUGUAGUACGGCGGUUAGGCUACAGAUGACCCAUGGGUCAUCAGGCUGUUAGGGGUGUUGUUAGUUGUUAUUAUGCAUGGCGGCGACUGCACAUUGGCGUGUCUGUCUCUUACCUAUAUUCCUCUCUCUAUCUAUCUAUGUCUCUCUCUAGAUAUCGUUGAACCCAGUGCUGUUGUUCAUGUUGUUGUGUGGGGUUGCAGGCAGGCAGGCAGGCAGGCAGGCAGGUGUGAGCAUUCUGAGCAUGACGUUGGUGUGAGCAGCAGGGCGUUUUCAGCAGGAAGCUGACAGGCAGGCAGGCAGGCAUAUUGAGUGCGCUGGUGGUACUGUGCGUGUGUGUGUGUGAGAGCAGGUGGUGGGCUUGACAACGACGCAGCAGGCUAGCAGUGAUUACUAGGCAGGAGAUAGAGCAGCUGGGCAGAGCAUGCACAGGCAUGG